AUCCUUCGAUUUUAUUUCUUGAUGAACCCACAACAGGCCAAGAUGCAUACACGGCCAACAUUUUAAUAAAUCAAUUACAAUUAUUUGCAACCCAUGGUCGUAUAGUACUGUGUACAAUACAUCAGCCCAGUUCAAUUACAUUCAGUUCAUUUGAUAAAAUAAUUCUUGUUGCUAAUGGUAGAAUUGCUUUUUCUGGAACAAGUAAACAAGCUGUUACAUUUUUUUCUGGUUUAGGUUAUUUAUGUCCACAUACUUAUAAUGUAGCUGACUUUUUAGUUACAACACUUGUAACAAGUUCAACUUUAGAAUAUCAUAGUGGAAAACCCGCUGAAAGAAUAUGUGAUGCCUUUUUGGUAACAGAUGAAUGUAAAGAAAUUGAUUUAAUUUUACAAUUGGAACUUUACAUGUCUGAAUCUAAUAAGUCAGUUUCAUAUUAA